GUAGCUCCUAGUUUUUGGACACGUGAAGCAUAUACUUGGAUUCUUCACAAUCCCAAAAUGCCGCUGUCGUGUCGAUUUUAUAAAGAAAAAUAUCCCGAAGUGGAAGAUGUAGUCAUGGUUAAUGUAAGGGCCAUCGCCGAAAUGGGAGCCUACGUCCAUUUACUAGAGUACAAUAAUAUAGAAGGCAUGAUCCUGUUAUCUGAAUUGUCGAGAAGACGUAUUAGAUCAAUUAACAAAUUGAUUCGUGUAGGAAAAACCGAACCCGUUGUAGUUAUAAGAGUAGACAAGGAAAAGGGGUAUAUAGAUCUUUCAAAACGUCGUGUUAGUGCUGAAGAUGUAGAAAAAUGUACAGAGAGAUUUGCAAAGGCCAAGGCUGUUAAUUCAAUUUUAAGGCAUGUUGCAGAAUUACUAAAGUAUGAAUCAGAUGAACAAUUAGAAGAAUUGUAUCAGAAGACUGCUUGGUAUUUUGAAGAAAAAUAUAAGAAGAAUAAAGCUAGUGCAUACGACUUCUUUAAACAAGCUGUUUUAGACCCCAGUAUUUUAGCAGAAUGUGACUUAGAUGACAAAACAAAAGAAGUCUUGCUUAGUAACAUUAAGAGAAAGCUAACAUCUCAAGCAGUCAAAAUCAGGGCUGAUAUUGAAUGUGCUUGUUAUGGUUAUGAAGGUAUUGAUGCUGUUAAAACUGCCCUUAAAGCUGGCUUGGCUCUUUCAACAGAAGAAUUGCCCAUUAAAAUCAAUCUUAUAGCUCCUCCUCUCUACGUUAUGACUACAUCUACACCUGAAAAACAAGAUGGUUUAAAAGUUUUAGGUGAUGCUAUAGAGAAAGUUAAAGCAACAAUCACUGAAUUGGGUGGAGUAUUUAAUAUUCAAAUGGCUCCCAAAGUGGUCACAGCUACCGACGAAGCUGAACUCGUCAAACAGAUGGAACGGGCUGAACUCGAAAAUGCAGAAGUUGCUGGCGAUGACGAUGAAGAACAAGACGAAGGACAAAUCUAUAGCGAAGAAGAUAAAGACGAUAAAGAAAAUUCUGGUGAAGAGGAAGAAGAGGAAUAAUAUUUUUUCUUUGCGAUUCAGGGACGUAAAGAAUUAUUGUAUAUUAUAAGAAUUUAUUUAAGCUACUAUCAACAGUACAUUAUUUGAAUUUUUUAAUUUUGUUUUAUCUUUGUACAUGUUUGAAUAUAAAGAUAU